AAGAUUAUCGAACAAGUGGACCAACAAUGAGUCAAUGACUCGUCCAAUUUUAAGCCGUGCAUCUCAGCGCCAACCUCAGCCUCUUCCUUCCCUUCUUUCCGAUCACUACCACGCUGCCAUUUUUUGUGUCACUCAUCAACUCCUCUCACUUCAUCAUCGGUUCCACAACCAUGAGUUUGUGUAAGAAGAUUAAUGGUUUCCGACGAAUUGGGCGAUUUGUAUCCGGAAUCACUCGUCAGAGACAAACUCCAAACCUAUCAAAUGUAAACGCUCAACCAAAGCUCACUGAUUUCAAGGCUGAAGAUGGAUCCAGAUCUGGUGCAAUUAGAGUUUUCACCCUCCUAGGUGCAGGAAUUUCUGGAUUUUUAAGCUUCACAACAAUAGCUUAUGCAUCUGAUGAAGCAGAACAUGGCUUAGAAUCCCCCAACUACCCAUGGCCUCACCAAGGCAUUCUCAGUUCAUAUGAUCAUGCUUCGAUCCGAAGAGGCCACCAGGUGUAUCAACAAGUCUGUGCUUCAUGUCACUCAAUGUCACUCAUCUCUUACAGAGACCUUGUUGGUGUUGCAUACACUGAAGAAGAAACAAAAGCCAUGGCAGCUGAGAUUGAAGUUGUUGAUGGGCCUAAUGAUGAAGGUGAAAUGUUCACUCGACCCGGUAAACUCAGUGAUCGCUUCCCUCAGCCUUAUGCAAAUGAACAAGCAGCUAGGUUUGCUAAUGGAGGCGCCUACCCCCCAGAUCUAAGUCUCAUCACCAAAGCUCGUCAUAAUGGUCAGAACUAUGUGUUUGCGCUUCUUACAGGCUACCGUGAUCCUCCUGCGGGUGUUUCGAUGAGAGAGGGAUUGUAUUAUAAUCCUUAUUUUCCUGGUGGAGCUAUUGCUAUGCCAAAAAUGCUUAACGAUGGUGCUGUUGAAUAUGAAGAUGCAACACCUGCCACCGAGGCUCAGAUGGGAAAAGAUGUUGUCAGCUUUUUAGCAUGGGCUGCUGAGCCUGAGAUGGAAGAAAGAAAACUGAUGGGAUUUAAGUGGAUAUUUGUGUUGUCGCUUGCACUUCUGCAAGCUGGAUACUACAGGCGAUUGAAAUGGUCGGUUCUCAAGUCUCGUAAGCUUGUGCUUGAUGUGGUCAACUGAUCUACUACAUCUUCACUUCCAUGUAUGUAUAUGUAUUGUAUACCAGAGGUAAACGCCAAUAAACUUAUUUCGUCAAAUGAUACAUAUGUCAUUAGUUUACAUAAUGUUUAAGUUUCGUGUAUGUAAAAAAUGGCAUACUCUAAGUUUACAUUAUAUAUUAGAGGGAAAAGUAAGACGUUUAGCAUGUAAACCAUAUUAUUUGUGUCUCUAGCUACUCUCUAUACACUAAGAGAAGCAAUUUUAUUGUUUUUAAACUUUAAACCAAGGAAACUGUUGUUUAUAGAUCAAGAG